GCUCACCCGGAAGAAGAAGCCGGGAUUCGGGCUGCACCGUGCGGCGCUGGUGGAGUCGCUGUGGAGAGCUGCCGCCGCUCUCAGGUGAAAGGAGUGGGUUACCGACUGAAAGGUGAAAACAGCUGCUUGAUGGACAGGACAGAUUGUCAGUCGGAGUUGCUCCCUCGAACGACCGUGGGAAUUUAGGAAGGCGAGGUUUUCGAGUUGCCUCCUGUUGACACCAGCGACUCAAGAAUGAGAGCCAGCCCGGAUCAUUUGUUGGCAGUACAUAUUGGCUGAAGUCAGUUUUCAUUUCAAGAUGGUCUCUUCCGAUGGGCUGUUGAUGUAGGAUGUUGGAGAACCAAGAACUGGAGGAGGUGAUCACGGUGCGUGUUCAGGACCCCCGGGUGCAGAAUGAGGGCUCCUGGAAUUCUUACGUGGAUUAUAAGAUAUUUCUUCACACGAACAGCAAGGCCUUCACCGCCAAGACCUCCUGUGUGCGGCGCCGCUACCGGGAGUUUGUGUGGCUGAGGAAGCAGCUGCAGAGGAAUGCAGGCCUGGUGCCUGUGCCAGAACUUCCUGGGAAGUCCACUUUCUUUGGCAGCUCCGAUGAGUUCAUUGAGAAGCGUCGGCAAGGUCUCCAGCUUUUCCUAGAAAAGGUCCUGCAGAGCGUGGUUCUUCUGUCUGACAGUCAGCUGCACCUUUUCCUCCAGAGCCAGCUCUCGGUGCCCGAGAUCGAAGCCUGUGUCCAGGGCCGAGGGUCCAUGAGUGUGUCUGACGCCAUCCUUAGCUAUGCUAUGUCAAAUUGUGGCUGGGCCCAGGAGGAGAGGCAGAGCACCUCUCACCUGGCUAAAGGGGACCAGCUUAACAGCUGCUGCUUUCUUCCAAGAUCAGGGAGGAGGAACUCACCUUCACCACCUCCCAGUGAAGAGAAGAACCACUUAGAAUCGUGGGCUCCAGCGAUCGACUCCGAGGGACCAUCCUUGGAAAGUGUCAUGCUGCCGCCGAACUCCUCAGCAUCAUGCUGUGAUAUUGCAAGACCUGAUGAGGGACUCGCUGUGUCCCAGCCCUUGAGAAGGGCCACGGGAGGGGACCAUGCUGUGCCUUUGGAUCCUGCUCAGCUAGACCCAGUGUGGGGAAAGUGAGCUGUGGCUGAGCGCUAGGUUCUCCCGGGUGGUGGAGAAGAUGCAGGCCACAGUCACAUCCAGGUGGCGUGGGCACAGGCAGAUGUAGGGGAAGCCGGGUCGCUGAGCAUCUUCCAUUCACAUCUUCUCAGGUUUGCUAUAGCAGAGGUUGGCUGUGGCUGCCUGCUGUAUCUCCUCCAUGGGAACAAACACCGCGGUGUUUGUAAGUUAAGCACAGGGCUGUUGAUUUAAGUAGAACUGUAUUUUCUUUCCCAGGAGCUGAGUUCCUUCAGGUGUUUGUGUAAGGAGCACUGCCACAGGUGAAUGGUUUGGAGAACCUCUUGAAUACUGUCCCAACAGAAUGCUUAUACUGUUACUCUCCCACCCUGGCAGGCUUCAGUUUUUGCUGUAGCUCCUGGAACAUUUUAGUUGUGGGAGGCUGUGGCCUCUUGCCUCCUCCCUGUGUGGACAGGGUGGUGAAUAUCUACUUCCCACCUCCUUGCUUUUCAGUAAAUGGCAGUGUGUGACUCAUAUUUCCAGCAUCUUCUAAGACCUUGGCAGGUUGAGUGGAGCCAGAGGGUUUUUAACACCAGAAGUGGCUGGCCACAGCCAGAGGGCAAGGAGCAACUCAGGAGCUUUGUUUGGGCAGAGGGGGCUCUGGGCAGCCCAUCUUCUGCCUCUCAAGCAGAGCUAGUGUUUCUGCAGGGUUAAAGUGGGCCCCUUUUUUUGUUUAGAUCCUGUUCUCUCUCUUAGUAACAACUCCUUGCCCCCGGGGCUCUUACUGCCCCUUUCCCACUGCUCAUUGCAGGGAAACUGCAUGGUCAGUGCAGUGGGGCACAUGGGCUUUGUCUCUGCCCCGAACUGAGGGCUGCGGGGACGGAGAUGAGGACCCACAGGCUCUUCAGACAGUGUAGCCUCUGUUCCCUCCCCAACCCCCCGCUGUCAAAGCCUCUCUGCAGAGAGCAGGUGCUACCAGCUGGAACCCUAGGGUGGGUUCUCUGCUGGCCUCACCUUGUCGCUGCUGCUCUGCCCUUGGGUUUGUGUGUGCUUCUCUCCCUCUGGCCCUCCACUGCGGUUGUGGGCCCGUUCGUUCAGAGUUGAGGGGCUUUGGCCUGAAAUAAAACACAAGUAUUUAA